GGAUACUUAGGCUACAAUGGAAUUCCGCAGAAGGAUUGGAUUCCAUGUUUCCGCCCUGGUAGAUGGUACGGUGAGUCAGUGGCCUGUCUUUAUAUAAUAUAUGUAUCAGGGUGCUCCCACCCGAAAGAUUGGUUCAAAGAAAGCUUAAUCACAUGCUUGUCACAUUGAAAUAAUCGCAAGAUACCACAACUUUUUACAUCAAGAGGUGAAUCGUAUUUGUCGCAAUGGGAAACACACAUUCACAUCAUCAUGGCCAUGAGUCGAGACAAGAUUCAACUUCUCGAUGUUCAUACAAACGAAACUCAAGGACCAACUCUGAACAUUCGAACACUUCAACAUCUACCUCAUCCACCUCAUCUCCAUCAAUUUCACGCUCACAAUCCACUCGAUCUCCUUCAUCGCCGCGAAAGUUCUUGGGCCGUCAUUCACUCUCCUUAAACGAUUCCCAUAAAUACCGAGAACAGGCCAUGCAAGAGCCAGAAAUAAGACCUCCGAUUAGGGUUGGAUAUCCUUAUUAUGAGGAAGUUACCAUGUUGGCUGAGAAGAAAGAGAAGAAGCAUAAGAGACAUAGUUUGAGAGGUAGAUGAGAUCGUGGUUAUCUCAAUACUUAUCAGGGGCUGGUUAUCGAAUUUUAUCGCUGGAUUGAUGGGGCUCAGGCGACGGAGAAGGAAAUGCACGCCGAAGUCUAUGAUGUGAGAGAGGAGUAUUUUUGAUAUUUGGGAAACGGGAGUACAACGAGAUGGGAAUUCACGGGACAGAUGGUUUGGAACAUCGGACGAUAUAUUGAUACCCAACUCAUGUGUGCAUUUAUUUGGCGUUCAAUAUAUCGAUAGGGCGCAUGACAGAGGCCUGGAAUAUGGCAUUAUAUUCAUUUGUACAAACUUGAAACUUAAAUAAAUUCAAACAGUCA